AUGCCUUACACGCCGUCGCCCACGACGCGGAAGGUCGGCCUUGGACUUGCCAAAGUCCUUGGCAUCAAGGUGGAGGAGAACGACCCCUCGGCCGCGGACUCCGUCACCCGCGGUGAAUCGACCAUGUCCACUGCUAGCAGGGAGAUCUUUCUCGAGGAGGAGCCCAGCUCCGUCGAUUUCCUCCUCGAAUGCGUGCCAACCGGCCGACAGAUGGUCUCGUAUGCCGUCAACUUGUUCCCGGUCCUCCACUGGAUCGGCAGAUACAACGUCCAAUGGUUCCUUGGCGAUCUAGUUGCUGGUAUUACCGUUGGCGCCGUUGUCGUUCCCCAGGGCAUGGCCUAUGCGAAACUCGCAGAAUUGCCUGUCGAAUAUGGUUUGUAUUCUUCGUUCAUGGGUGUCUUGGUAUACUGGUUUUUUGCAACUUCAAAGGAUAUUACAAUCGGGCCCGUCGCCGUCGUAUCAACGCUCAUCGGUCAUAUCGUCACCAGAAUCAGGGUAGACCACCCUGAACUGACGGUCAGCGUGCUUGCGUCUGCUUUUGGUGUGGUUUGCGGUGCAAUCAUCACUUUUAUUGGCCUUAUCCGAUGCGGCUGGAUAGUGGACUUCAUUCCACUGACCGCAAUCUCUGCUUUUAUGACUGGCUCUGCACUCAGCAUUGCAUCUGGUCAAGUCCCAUCGAUGAUGGGCAUUUCCGGUUUCAAUACUCGUGAUUCCACCUGGAAGGUGAUCAUCAACACCCUGAAAUACCUGGGCCGGACCAAGAUCGAUGCUGCCAUGGGUCUUUCGGCCCUGUUCCUUCUCUAUCUCAUUCGAUACACGUGCACAUGGUGCGCUCGCAAAUACCCAGCUCGCGCCAAGGUGUGGUUUUUCCUGGCCACCCUUCGCACGGUGCUUGUGAUUCUGCUUUACACUGCAAUCAGUGCUGCUGUCAAUAUCAAUCGCCGGAAAAAGCCACUGUUCAAUAUUUUGGGAACCGUUCCUAGAGGAUUCCAACAUGCUUCGGUUCCGAAGCUCGACAAGAAUAUUCUCUCGACCUUUGCUGGCGACAUUCCUGCUGGUGUGAUCGUUCUGCUCAUCGAGCAUAUUGCUAUCUCGAAGUCGUUUGGGAGAAUCAAUAAUUACAACAUCGAUCCCUCUCAGGAGAUGAUUGGCAUUGGUGUCGCGAAUCUCCUUGGCCCGUUUCUUGGCGGGUACCCUGUCACAGGAUCCUUCUCCAGAACCGCAAUUCAGUCCAAGGCUGGUGUGCGAACGCCACUUGGUGGUGUCGUCACGGCGAUGGUAGUAUUACUUGCCAUCUAUGCCCUUCCACCUGUCUUCUUUUUCAUCCCGAACUCGUCUCUGUCUGCCGUUAUUAUUCACGCAGUCGGAGAUCUCAUCACCCACCCAAAUACUGUGUACCAAUUCUGGAAAUGUUCGCCCCUGGAAGUUGUCGUCUUCUUUGCUGGUGUCAUCGUCAUGGUGUUCACCAACAUCGAGAAUGGAAUUUACACCACAGUAGCAAUGUCGCUUGCUAUCCUCCUCUUCCGUCUUGUCAAAGCUAAGGGUCAGUUCCUCGGCAGAGUCAAGGUGCAUUCGGUCGUCGGAGACCACCACCUGGUGGCUGGGCCGGAGAAGAGCGGCAAGGGUUCUGCUUGCCGGAAUAUCUUCCUUCCAGUAGACCAUGAGGAUGGAUCUAACCCUGAGAUUCAAGUUGCACAGCCAUAUCCUGGUGUUUUCAUCUACCGACUAACUGAAGGAUUUAACUAUCCAAGUGCGAAUCAUUACCUUGAUCAUCUUGUUUCCUCAAUCCACAAGCAAACAAGGAGAACGAAUCCCAACAGCUAUAGCCGGCCUGGUGACCGGCCGUGGAACAUGCCCGGCCCUCGACGCGGCCAACAGGAAGAGGAUCGCUCUCAAUUACCCACAUUGAAAGCGGUUGUUCUCGACUUCUCCUCUGUUAACAACGUUGAUGUGACUUCAGUCCAGAACCUGAUCGACGUCCGCAACCAGCUUGACAUGUAUGCUUCACCGCAGCCUGUAAAUUGGCAUUUUGCACACGUCAACAACCGAUGGACCAGACGAGCACUCGCGUCUGGUGGAUUCGGAAAUCCUACCCCGGCUGUACACGAUAAGUGGAAGCCAAUCUUCAGCGUUACCAACCUCGAGGGCAACCAAUCCGCUGAGGCCCAUGCUGAGUUCCUGGACCAUGAACACGGAAUACAGGCAGCUCGCACUGAUAUUGAGUCGCCGGGUGUGGAUAGUGCCAGCUCGACUAUCAAACGUGCUGAAGGCGCGGAUUCGAACAGUUCCAUGUCGGUAUUGGACAAGGAACUGGUUACUACCGCUGAGUACGCCAAACCGAGAAUGACUGUUGUUCAUGGAUUGAAUAGACCAUUGUUCCAUGUUGAUUUGACCAGUGCUUUGCAAUGUGCUAUUGCUAAUGCUGCCUCGGAGCACUGA